AUGGCUCAAAGAUUGACGCUGGACGAUUUAGCCCUCAUUCGAGGGCAAUCGCAGCCGUUGGCUGGCGGCAUUGCUCCCACCACUUCGUCGGCUUUCUUCAAGACACAACAAAACUCUGAGAAACCCAGAGCAAGAGACUUUUGUCACCGUCUUAACAUCGAAAGCCAGUCACGAGCGGCCGCCACGCUCAAGGCCGCAGGUUCCGAGCUGACUAGCGGAGUCCUUAGCUUGGCAACCGGAAGACCAUCCCCAGAAUACUUUCCGCUCCUCGACAUAUCUUUCAAAUUCAUCCAGGCCAGUGAGCUUGGCAAACAACUGCCCUGCAACAAGGAACUGAAAAGAAACAGUUGCCAUGGAAAUCGCGACUUGUCGGCUGAGCUUCCUGCCGCAUUGUCCUACGGGUAUGCUGGAGGAAGCGAAGCCCUUGUUCGAUUUUUGACAGAGCACGUCGAAGCUGUGCACCGGCCACCGUACUCAAACUGGGAGGUGUAUUUGAACGUGGGGAGCACAUCGGCCAUUGAGCAUGCACUCCGAAUGUUCUGUACCAGGGGGGACCACAUCUUAGUGGAGGAGUACACGUACUCUGGCACCCUCGAGGUUAUGAGGCCGCUGGGUCUCCGGGCUGCAACAGUGGCAAUGGACAGCCAAGGCAUAUCAGCCCAAGAUCUUGAUUCGGUUCUUUCUAGCUGGGAUGAGGGCGAACGUCGUUCAGCAAAGCCUUUUCUGCUCUACACGAUUCCGACUGGUCACAAUCCAACCGGAGUCACGCAGACCAUUCAACGGCGCAAGGAAAUCUACGCCAUUGCCGAAAAGCACGAUCUCCUGAUCAUCGAGGAUGACCCUUAUUUCUAUUUGCAGUUUUCGGCUCAGGGGAACGUCGAGUCAACAGACAAGGUCCAGCCACCACACAAUGUGUCGGAACUGGACGCCUAUCUCCAGAGUCUCCUGCCUUCGUAUCUCUCGUUGGAUGUGUCAGGCCGCGUGAUACGUUUGGACUCGACGUCAAAGACCCUUGGGCCAGGUCUUCGCUGCAGUUGGAUGACGAGUAACUCUGACAUUGCUUCCAAAAUUCUGAAUCAUUAUGACGUGGGGGUCGUUUGCCCGAGCGGCUUGUCGCAACUGGCGAUGAGUCACCUCCUGGAUGAUAUAUGGGGACAUGGCGGUUUCGCCCAGUGGCUGAUCUACUUGCGUGAUCAGUACCAGCAUCGUCGAGACAGGCUUGUGGAAGCGUGCACAAAGCACCUCCCCUUGGAUAAGGGCUUUGAUGAAGGCAUGUUCCUGAGGGUAACAUUUGCGUCUACAUCACUUGAGGAACUAGAUGUAGCUAUACAGAGGAUGGGAGACGCCCUGAGAGAGGAGUUUACCAAGUAG